AUACAGAUAAAACAUUGUCUAAUGUGUACACUGAUAACAUGAGAUUUUAUGGUGUGAUUUAAACUGUGCAUUAAUUUUAUGCUGUGUAAUGUUUUCUGUGUAAAGUUUUUGUCACACACCGCAAAGUUAUGAUGGAAAUGUCUUCCGAGUUCCCCAACGUCGUGCAGCUUAAUGUCGGCGGGAAGUUAAUGGCAGCGAAGCUCAGUACACUUGUUAAAGACCCUAAAAGCAUGCUAACUGAGGUGUUUACUGGUAGAAUAGCCGUCGAGAAAGACAGCGACGGAAGGUAUUUUAUCGACUGUAAUGGGGACACGUUUGUUCAUAUCUUAGAAUUCCUUCGAUUUGGAAUUUUACCAAAACAAGAAAAUGUUGUUGAAUUAUAUAGAUAUGCAAAGAUAUUCAAAAUCCAGGCUCUUGUAGACUCAUUAGAGAACUUCUUCCCAAUAAAGUAUGAAAACCGGAUGAAAAAGGUUCUCGAAAAUUUCGGCGAUACACGAGUUGAUUAUGAGGAAUUUCGGAACAAAGUUCUGACAAAUAUAGCUCAUGUUAACUGCCAUGACAACACGUUAAUACCGAUUGUUUACAUUCUUAACGACGAGGCAUGUGGUAAAGAUCACUCACUUAUGGUGAGCUCACAGUUGUUGAACCUUGGAGAAGUUAAAACAUUGAAGGGACAGGCAGACAAUUGUAUACCGAUGCAGACGUUAUACAUCAAUGAUGCUUCUGACAUUUCUAGAUAUUUGGCACACGAGUUAUGUAAGCUUGGAUACUGCAAACAAGGAUUUUUCUUUGAUGCCUUAACAGCCCAGAACUGUAGAAACCGAGCAAAUUGUGGCUUCACGUGGAAACUAGAGUUCAUAUUCCUGUCAAGAAGUAUUGAUGUAGAAGGUGUUAAGAUACUGAAAAGGCCAUAGACUACAUGUAUGUGUGGUCUUUAAAAACAAAUAAAUAUACACUAAAACAUUAAUGUUUUCAAUUGAAAACAUUUUAUUGAAAAAUUUAUUUUCCCUGUAGAUACACUUGAUCAUUUAAAAUAUGAUAAUAAUAAAAAUAUUGAUUUAUUUUCAAUGCAUUAUGUUGAUAAUUCACAUGUUUUUAAUAACAAU